GGGGGGCGAGUCGCAGCUGUCAGGGCGUGUGGACUCAAGGACGCGCUUACGCCGAGCGGCGUGUUGCAUGUUUUGACUCAAUUCGACGUGCGUUUCAGGACUUUCUCGAGGCCUUACAUUCGUUCAAUCGACACUGGAGACUUGCCGUAACUUCAUCCCUAUGCAACCACUGCAAGGUGGAUCCUGCACGUGAUAUCUUUUUCUUCGAAGAAGACUCGCGUAGACUCAUUGGGUGCUCGACCGGCGAAGAGCCAUGAGUGCUCUUCUCGAGAUGUUAGCCCUUGUCUGGGACUGGCGAUGGAUCACCACUGCGCUGGUCUUCAUCGUGUCCUACUUUGUCGGCCGUUUCUACCACCGGGUGUCCGAGUACCCCAGGGGGCCGUUCCCUUUGCCGCUGCUGGGAAACCUUCUGAGUGUUCGCAAGGUCAACUUCCCGACCAAGGCAGCCGAAUGGGCCAAGGUCUACGGAGACGUAUUCACACUGUGGAUGUCGCACAGACCCAUGGUUAUGCUCAACAGCUACGAUGUGAUUCGAGAGGCGUUCCUCGACCGCAGGCACGAGUUCGCCGGGCGCUUUCCAACUAAGAUGGGUGCCCUUCAAACCCAGGGACAUCACGACAUCAUGUUCGAGGAUUACAACCCGCGUUGGAAGGCGCUUCGAAAGGUGGCUCUUCUUGCUGUCAGGAAGUAUGCAGUCAGCGAGUCCCUCGAAAAGCUGUCCACAGACGUGGUCGACAAUUACGUGGACUCCUUGAAAGAAGGCCCGCAGGUUGUGGAAUCAAGGGAGCCUUUUCUGAAGAUCCUCUUCACCCUCAUAGGGGUUUCCGUCUACGGCGCCACGGUGGAAGAAGCAAGAAACGAAGUUAAGCGUAUGGAAGAGAUCGAUCGCAGGUUCUUUGAGAUUGCCCCCGAUGGCCUGCCGAGCGACAUCGCACCCUGGUUGGGAGUCUUGUAUCGCCGCAGGGAGAAAGCGAUCGAACGUCUCUUUCACGACUCCUUCGAGAUAUUUAACAAGUUGUUCAGCGCAGCCGAAGAAACUUAUGCACCAG